CUUGUGGCGUUGGAAGCGGAUCGAUUCACAGCCAACCAGACUCGCUUCCUCGCUCAUGGGAGCCGCAAGGUGUUCGAUCUCGGUGAACGGUUCCCCGAGCAACCGCACUGCGGCGAGGAGCAGAACGAGCCGUCUGCCGCCGCCACCAUGGCUGCCCUGGCCGAGAAACAGAAGCAAUAUACCCCAUCAUCACCGUUCGAGAUCGUGGAGAUCCAAGUGCCGAGACGGGAAGAGCGACGACGGCGGCGGCCGAGAUGAGGAUUGGGUGUCGUCGCCAUCGGCGUCGCCUUACCAAGUGCUCGGCCUCGAUCCCACUUGUUGCUCCCUGGCCCAGCUCAAAGCCGCCUUCCGAGCCCGCGUUAAGGAAUUUCAUCCAGAUGUGUGUAAGGACAUGAAAGAUGCAGAUGCAUUGAUAAAACGUGUAAUAUGGGCCUAUGAGAUAUUAUCUAAAGACCAACCAGAUGAGCCCUUAAGAAGGCCAGGCGUUGACCCCUUCGAUGAGCCAGAAUGUGAAGCUUAUGAUCUCUUCAUCAAUGAGUUUCAGUGCGUCGGUAAAGGAUGUCCAUAUUCUUGUGUCAAAAGGGCACCCCAUGCCUUUUCUUUUUCUCCUGAGAAUGCUACAGCUCGUGUGAUCUCUCAAGGACAUAGCGAUGAUUACCUCGUCCAACUUGCUGUCGGACAGUGCCCAAGAAACUGCAUACAUUAUGUCACACCUUCUCAGCGAGAAGUAUUAGAGGAUCUACUCCAGAGUGCCUUAGCCGCCCCAUAUGACAUAGCGGAGGCAGCUUUGCUCGAUUCUCUAAUUGCCAAGGCAAAGUUUGAGAACAACAGAUAUCAGAAGCCAAAAAGAAAGCCGAAGGUUUCAACUGAAUAUGUUGAUUGGGUCUGAGGAGUGGACUUUGCAGAACACCUUCUCGUAAACUACAUGGAAUGCAAUAACAUGAUGGUUGUACAAUAACAUGCAAGGAAAGUAAUUUAGGACGUUGGUUGUAUAAGAUGUGUGUUCUUUUACCUCUGUGGUUUGCUUGCCCUGUCAAUGUAUAUUGAUUGAGAAUUAUGAGACCGUAGCAGCUAUACGCAGUCCAUGUAGUCUAUUUUCACCAGCAUAGCACUUGUAGUUGCUGCAAAAAUUGACAAUAUUCUCUAAUCACUGUAAAGUAUAUUUGUUAAUAUGAACUCUGCUAUGCAGUGUUAUAA